AUAUAAAAAGUAUAACGUACGGAUUCACUAAAUUCUAGACUUCCGGUUCCGUUUAAACCGAAAAUUCGCGAGUUUUAACAAAUUUUAUUUUAUUGAAAAUGUCAACAAUUAAUUACAGCAAAUGGGAUCACAUCGAGAUAUCUGAUGAUGAAGAUGAUACGCAUCCAAAUAUUGACACACCAAGCUUGUUCCGAUGGCGACAUCAGGCAAGAGUCGAGAAAAUGGAAGAAGCAAAAAAAGAAAAGGAGACACUGUCCACCAAGCACCAAAGUAACCAGCAGAAGAUACAGCAGAUGAAACAGAAGAUUAAAGAAUCAGAGGAAAAGCAAGCUCUAGAAAACUUUGACAAAUUGAAAGAAGAACUUGAUGUCCUUGAGAAACAAGAGGCUGAAUACCAGAAAAAAGAAGAGGAACUUAAAAAGAAGGAAAAGCUCACACCAUGGAAUAUAGACACCAUUUGCCAUGAUGGAAAAUCUAAAACAAUCAUCAACAAAUAUGACAAGAAAGAUCAGAAAGAAUUAACAGAGGAAGAGAAGGCAGAGAGACAGGCUGAGUUUACAAAGAAACAUAAACAAGAAGUGAAGAAGUACGGAAUGUUCAGCAAAUAUGAUGACAGUCAAGAAUUCCUAUUACAGCACCCAGAACUUGUAUGUGAAGAAACAGCCAACUAUCUAGUCCUCUGGUGUAUAGAUCUAGAAAUUGAAGAUAAACAUGGCCUGAUGGAACAAGUAGCACAUCAGACAAUUGUAAUGCAGUUUAUUCUAGAACUUGCUAAACAGAUGGAAAUUGACCCGAGAAGUUGUGUACGACCUUUCUUCUCAAGAAUAAAGAUGGCCCAGAAAGAGUACCUGGAUGCAUUUAAUGAUGAACUAAAUGGAUUUAAAGGAAGAAUUAGGGCAAGAGCUAAACAGAAAAUAGAUGAGGCCAUCAAGGAACAUGAAGAGGAGGAGAGAAAGAAGAGAUUGGGUCCAGGUGGGCUAGAUCCUGUAGAAGUGUUUGACUCUUUACCUGAUGAACUGAAGGAGUGUUUUGAAAGCAAAGACAUUGCAAAGUUACAAGAAACUGUUUUAAAAAUGCCGAAAGCUGAUGCUGAAUAUCAUAUAAAACGAUGUGUAGAUUCUGGAUUGUGGGUGCCUAAUGCUCAAGAUGCAGAAGGCGGGGAAGGGGAGGGGACUGAAGAAGGGGCGGAGCAAAAAGAGGAGGAGACUUAUGAGGAGGUUGACUGACUAAAGAAGUGGAGACUGUGUAAAAUAUUGUAAUUAUUAGAAUAUACAGAAUUGAAAAGUUCUGUAAUAAUGAAAUAAUAAUCAUCAAAAAUUAUAACUGAAAAUUUUUUGUUGCGUUUUAUUGUAUGCUUUUACCACUAAAUAAGUUUGCAAAAUGGAUUUGUGUUCAGUUUAAUGUCUACCAUUACAAUACAGUGAUGGAAAUACACAUAGCUUCAACACGGAACACAAAACUCUUUAAAAAAUAUGUGUAGCAGCAUAUGUCACAGUUUUCAAUCACUUUACUGUCAACAGUAUCUGAGUCAAUUACAAAUUUAUACCAUUUAUUUAUACAUUUUGUACAUGUACCAUUUUAUGAAAAUUAUUGAAUACAAAUAAAAACCAUUUAUAUAAUAUCAUUUCAUUACACUGUUAUUGAAUGGAAAGAUUGUAUAUCAGAAAUGUUAGAGCUCUAGUUUAGUUGCAUGUUAUGUUGAUGUUAUAAUUGUUUUUUACUGGUGAAGUUUCUAUGAUUUAGUUUAGUUUUUAUAGUUGUAAGAUUUAGUUGGUUUAAUACAGGUAAUUGUGAAAGAAUAAUUUGCUGUCAGUCAAUUAAUGUCUGUUACAUGUUAUUGAAAUUGUUAUGACCAUUUUUCAGAUCCUUUUAAACUUGUCUUUGUUACAGUAUGCUGAUUUUCUUGUCAGAGUAAGAAACAAUUUUCAAACUGUGUCUCUUAAAAUGGCAAAGAUAUACUCUCAGUCAAACUUUUUUUGCUCAGAGGACCCAUACAAAUUUGUUUUUUGAGAUCAGAAAUUCAAGCUACCCGAGGUUGAAGUGAUAUCAUGUAUUGUAGUAAUUCAAGCUACUCAAGGUUGAAGUGAUAUCAUUUAUUGUAAGAUCUUAUUUUAUGGAGGUUACAUCAGUUGAAUUUAAAAUAAUGCCUACACAAUUCUUUGUGAGGUUUCCAUUUGUCGACUACAUCAUUUAAUAUAAAUAUUAAGAAUUAUUGCCAGAACAAUACGUACUUGUGUUAUCAAUUGAAUGUAAAUGGUACACUGUGUUAAUCUAUAUUCAUGCAUAUUGCAACUGGUUGUGUUCGAUUGAGUAAUAAUUUUUCAAACAUGUUGAACAAUGUUAUUCAACUAUUUACAUGCUGAUUAUGGAAUAAUUAUUAUUGUAAAUUGUGGUCUCAUACAAAGGUUAUAGCUGGAUGUAAUUAUAGGCAUAAUAAAAUGUUCAAGAAUCAUUCUAUAAAUAGAUCAUGUUAUAGUACAAUAAACAUUAUAUGAAAAUUACCAGGGAAAAUAAUAUUUAUUGAUGUCUGCUUAAAUGUGUGUUUAUCAAAA